CUGGAUCAACUCAUCGCCAACCAGGGUCAUCCACGAACGCCCCGCCAAGUCGCCGACUCCCUCGCGGCUUCGCCCUGCGGCAGGCGCCAGCACGCAGCACCGCCACUCCACCUGGCGCCAGCACCACCACUCCGCCCGGGUCCAGCACCGCAGCAAGCCUCGUCAGUCGUCGCCUACUCGCCUCACGCCCGUCGCUCGGUGGCCUACACUCCUCCACUCACCCUUCGGCGGUUCGGCUAAUCGGCCCUCCUCAAUUUUCACCUUCGAACCUUCCGUACUUCCGGAGAUCUCUUGGAGGUGACAGAAUCCAUAUCAAGGAACUUGCUUGCGAAGGACAUUUGUGCUUUUGCAGAGAUUAUAUUUGGCUGCUGUGUUCCGAAUACGGUCCGAUUUUGAUUGGGUUGAGAGGACUGAUUAGCCAUGGGAGAAAGAAAGGUUUUGAACAAGUACUACCCGCCGGAUUUUGAUCCGGCGAAGAUUCCACGCCGUAGGCAGCCGAAGAAUCAGCAGAUGAAGGUCCGGAUGAUGCUCCCAAUGAGUGUUAGAUGUAGUACUUGUGGAAAUUACAUCUACAAGGGCACCAAAUUCAACUCACGCAAAGAAGACGCCGUGGGCGAGACCUAUUUGGGUAUACAAAUAUUCAGGUUCUACUUCAAGUGCACAAAGUGCUCUGCAGAGAUUGCAUACAAGACAGAUCCAAAAAAUUCUGAUUAUGUUGUUGAGUCUGGUGCAACCAGGAACUUUGAACCUUGGCGAGACAAAGAUGAGGAAAUGGAUAAAGAGAAACAGAAAAGGGAGGCUGAAGAAAUGGGUGAUGCUAUGAAGUCUUUAGAAAAUAGGACCCUGGAUUCAAAAAGAGAAAUGGACAUUCUCGCAGCUUUGGAUGAAAUGAAAUCCAUGAAGUCGAGGCAUGCAACUGUGAGUGUGGAUGCAAUGCUUGAGGCUUUAAGAGACUCUACUGAGGAAAAGGAAAGAAAAACGGAGGAAGAAGAGGAAGCUCUUAUUAAAUACUUAUUCAAAGGGGAGAGAGAGAAGUUCAUAAAACGAAUCCGAGAUGAAGAUAUCGAAGAUGAGGAUGAAGAUGAUGUAGUUGAACAUAAAAGUGGAGAAUCAUCAAUCAAUUUUCUUAAGAGAAAGCAGCCUGAAGAAAAACCCAGUAAUCCUACAGAUGUCCUUGCGAAAUCCAAUGCCACUGACGGAAAAGAUAAAGCGGCGAUAAAAGGGGAUUCCUGUAACGAGAAAAUUAUUUUCAAGUCAUCGUCAGUUAAAGUCGCCGUUGUGAAGAAGCAGCAGCCAAGUGAGCCAACAAGUCUGAAGAGCAAUGCUUUAGCAUCAUUGUGUCAAGAAUAUGAAAGUGACGAGGAUGAUUAGUUGAUCCUGCAUUCCUUUCUCAGGGACAAAAUGUAUUUAAGCCAAAAUGUAAUACUAAUACAUUUGAAAUUUAAAACCGGAACAAGAAUACCAGGUUACGAAGAGACAUAAAUUUGGUUCAUCCCUACACUGUACGCACUUUUGCCAUAAAAUAUUUUUCUUUGGCAAACAGAAACAUAAUGCAAUCCCUUCGUAUAAUUCUGAAUUGUGUAAUCUAAAUGUGAAUUAGAAUUAUAAAUUUAACUAUGUCAAUUGUGUGUAAUAUAUUUGCAACUAAAAUGCCA